GCUGUGGGUCUUGUCUGGGUUAGACAUCAGAACUUCAGUUGGAUCACAGACAGACAGACAGAAUGCUGCAUGUUGUUCUGGUGUUGGCCUUCAGCGGCCUGCUCCAUGCUGAACCUCUGCCCUCUGAGCCUCUCCUCCAAACCCAAGAGAACUUUAACUUAAACCGGUUUAUGGGGAAAUGGUAUGAUAUAGCGGUGGCGUCCACGUGCCCUUGGCUCAAGCGUCGUAAUGGAGACGCAGCCAUCGGCUCGUUAGAGCUGCAGUCCAGUGACUCUGCCAAAACUGUCAGCAUGACCCGCACUGUCCUCAGGCAUGGAACCUGUAAGUCCAUCAGUGGAGAGUAUCAGCUGACCAAAAAGCCUGGAAGAUUCCAAUACCACAAUGCCAAAUGGAAAGCUGAUGUUGAUACCUACGUAGUGCACACUAACUAUGACGAGUAUGCACUGGUGGUGAUGAAUAAACACAUGGCAGGUGGCAACAAAUCCACAUCUGUGAAACUCUACGGUCGUUCUAUGCAACUGCGACCCACUCUCAUCGAAGAUUUCAAGACUCUGGUGGCAGAACAGGGAAUGAGUGAAGACACUAUAGUAAUCAAACAAAACAAAGGGGAAUGUGUUCCGGGUGAGCAGGCCAUACCAGAACCACAGAUCCAGAGGGCGAGGAGGAAUGUGGUUCAGCCACCCCCUGAUGAAGGAUCGGGUGAUGACACGCCCAUGUUCAGAGGACCUGAAGCGUGUACGGCUCAGCCAGAUUCCGGCCCGUGUUUUGGAAUGAUCCAGCGGUACUAUUAUAAUUCCUCCAUCAUGACCUGUCAGGUGUUCACCUUUGGAGGCUGCAUGGGCAAUCAGAACAACUUUGUAACUGAAAAGGAGUGUUUGCAGAGCUGUCGCACUGAGGCUGCCUGUAGGCUGCCCAUGGAUGCUGGCCCCUGUAAAGUGUUUGUAGAUGUGUGGGCCUUUGAUUCGUCCAUUGGAAAGUGUGUGUCUUUGAAAUAUGGAGGCUGCAAGGGAAACGGCAACAAAUUCUACAGUCAGAAAGAGUGUGAGGAGUACUGUGGAGUUAUGAUGAGAGAUGGAGAUGACGAGUUUCUGAAUGUGAACUGAGAAUGAAGUGAUGUGAAUGAGAACGGAGCAUUAUUUUUCCAAUUAGAAAGUGCAACAUGGAGCAGUUUCCACAGGCAUUGAUUUCAGCAUUAACACAAUAAAUAGAGACCUGUUCAUUUA